UACAGACAACUCUCAAGUUUGACUUGUAUCGAAAUAAACGCAGAGCUGCUGUCCACUGACUGUCAUUGCAAUAAUUUAUACAAAGUGUUACACGGACUCCUUAAGAUCGAGAGAUGGGACCACGGUGGAGGAAUUCGUCAACGUAAGAAGACGUCGCAAGGGGGGGGGGGGCUUCGAAUGAAUGCGGAAUUUUGAGCGAGGGGAUUCUUUACACCAUGGGGUAGAUGAGUGCCGCCUCUGAAAUUCGCGAGCUUGUUUCGCCUCAAAAAAAGAGGAAAAAAGUUCCGCUCCGUUUGUCAUAAGACAGCAACCUGUAAGAGAGCCGAGAUUUUGCAAUUAUUUCCGUCAGACAAUCAUAUCCGCCUCGCUUUUGAAAAAGAUGAAUUAUUGCGGAUGUGCACCCGAUGAAUUAUCGAUGUAUUCCUUUGCGAUGAUGUCAUAAUUGUGUUAUAGAGAUUAUUAUUAUCAAAAGCUCUCCCGUGGCGCAUCUCGGAGAGAAAAAGGGAAUAGCGAAUAACGGGACCUUAAAUGAGUGAAGAUUGCAUGCUCCAGGCGAAAAGCUCAGCGCGCAAUUUUAAGGCGAGAUAAGAAAGACAGACCGUGAGACGCAAAAUUGCAAUGGGAACGGCGUGCGGAGGCGGUUUGAAUACGGUGGUGGAAUGCGAGGGUGAAAACGGCGAUGAUCCUACGCGCGUCUGUAAGCUCAACGUAAAGUCAACAGAUCAGAGAGAUCGCGAUAUUUACGAUGCAGAAUCUUGACAACCUGACGACGUACAAUUCCACGUCUCAAUUCUGGAACGUAACAAGGACGUUGUGGUACGUUGUGGACGCUGUGGACGUUGCGUACAGCAACAACACCGACUAUGACACCAACAACACGAUUCUGUUGCCGCCGAAUGAAUCCCUGUUUCCGUGGUGGCAGCGGAUAAUCUGGACGAUCCUGUUCGCCGGCAUAAUCAUCGUGGCGACCAGCGGGAAUCUGAUAGUUAUAUGGAUCGUGCUGGCGCACAGGCAAAUGCGCACCAUCACCAACUACUUCCUGGUGAACCUCAGCAUCGCGGACGCCAUGAUGUCGUCCAUGAACGUCAGCUUCGGUUACAUCUACAUGUUCGACUUUGAAUGGCUGUUCGCGGGCACGUUUUACUGCAAGAUCUCCGAGUUCAUCGCGGUACUCACGAUAUUCGUCAGCGUCUUCACUUUAAUGGCGAUAUCCAUCGAUCGGUACAUGGCCAUCAUCUAUCCGCUGAAACCACGGAGGGGGAAAAAGAUGACGUUAUGCGUUGCAAUCGUCAUUUGGAUCAUCGGAAUAAUUCUAUCUUUACCGAUGCUAUUUUACCGCAGCUCUGACGCGGUGAAGUUCAGGAACGGGGUCCGCAACGUCUGCUCCAGUAUUUGGCCGGGCAAAACCAACAAUGAACACAGUUACUAUGAAAAUUUGUACAACGUUAUGUCCAUGAUAUUAACGUAUUUUUUGCCAAUCAUAUUUAUGACGUGCACCUACACCAGGGUCGGUCUGAACUUGUGGGGCUCGCAGAGUAUCGGAGAGGCAACGGCCCAACAGCUCGAAAAGAUUCAGAGCAAACGGAAGGUCGUAAAAAUGAUGAUAGUCGUAGUAGUAAUGUUCACGGUGUGCUGGCUUCCGAUUCAUACAUUUUUCAUAGCGUACUAUUAUCUGCCAGAGAUUAAAACUAAACCGUACGUGUAUGAACUCUAUCUGAUCGCAUAUUGGCUAGCGAUGUCCAACAGCAUGUACAACCCUAUAAUUUAUUGCUGGAUGAAUAAGUACUUCCGCCGUGGUUUCGUCAAGUUCUUCUUCUGGAGUUUCUAUGGGUUGCCGAGCCGUGUCUAUCACUCUUGGAAGUCGUGACGUCCAUCAGGUACAGCUGCACCGGACAUGUACAACAGAAUAUCGCGGAAUGGCACGGUGCGAAUACCGCUGCACCUGCAAUCAGUGAGAGGCGGGAACGUUCGGCUGUUGGCUCAUCAUCGCGAUUAUGGCAAAAAAUGAAGGACCUUGCAGACCAGAGGACGUGUCCUCGCAGGAAAAGGAAAACUCGCAGCAACAACGAGUGCGCACCUGGAUAUGAAAAUAUCUGGAUAUGAGAAUAUUUUAGAUCACCUUUUAAUGCCCGGCUCUUUCCGCCGACCGAUGCAAUCGUCUCGAUCGUACCUGCGUUUCUAGCAGCGUUCUGGGAAAGGAGCAUUUGUCGCCUCAUAUAUGUAUAUAUAUA